AGAAAAUGCUACCAUUUGACCCAUCCACUAGAUACGAUCGUCAAGUUCGACUUUGGGGAGAAGAAGGACAAGCAUCAAUUGGUUCAACAAGUGCAUGUGUUCUUGGAAGCGAUUCGCUAGCAACAGAAAUAUUGAAAUCGUUGGUUCUCGCCGGUGUUCAAUCAUUCUAUGUCGUUGAUGACGCCAAAGUUGAACAAGCUGACAUCGGUCAGAAUUUCUUCCUCCAUGCAGAUGAUAUUGGACGUUCUCGUGCCGAGGCAACAUUGGAGAAGCUUACCGAACUGAAUCCAUCAGUCUCUGGUAGUGCAAGUAGUCAGCCACCAACAGCGUUAGCUAUGGAAGAUGUGGAAAAGCUGACAACGUUUUCUGUGGUUGUUGCUGCAAAUCAAAAUGAAGAAAUUGAUACGACGUUCGCGAAAGUUUUGUAUAAUAUUAGAGUUCCAUUCAUCUGUAUCAAAACUUUUGGACUAAUUGGUACCAUUCGAAUCUGCAUCAAAGAACACACAAUUGCUAACUCACACGAAGAGAAUCCGAGACCUGAUUUACGAUUGGAUGCUCCAUUUUCAAAGCUUAUUGAAAUGAUCAAUGAAACAAAUCUAGAUGAAAUGACUCUAGAACAACUCCGCCAUACUCCGUAUAUUCUUCUUCACUUCAAAGCUCUCGAAGUAUUCAGAAAGCAACGAAAUGAUCCUGAAGCGUUCCCAUCUACAACUGCGGAACGUAAAGAACUUCAGGCGAUUCUUAUGAGUUUCCGACGUUCGAGUGAAGAAUCCGGAACCAAGGAUUCUGAGAAUUUUGAUGAGGCGAAAGCGGCGGUUAUUCGAGCUUUUCAAAGAACUACGUUUCAGAUUGGUUCUUCUGUAAAAUCGAUUCUCUCUUCUCCACAAUGUUCAACAUCGACACGCCCAUUCUGGUUAAUCUGUGAAGCUCUUCGUCGUUUUGUCACCGAGAAUAAUAAUCUUCUGCCUCUUCGUGGAACUCUUCCUGAUAUGACUUCUGAUUCUUCUCGAUACACUCGCCUCGCAACUCUUUUCCACGAAAAAGCUCUUUCAGAUGCUCAGGAAGUGCUUCGUUUGACACGUGAAGUAGAGAAGGAACGAGGUGUUGGUGACGUCAUAUCGGAUGACGUUUGCUAUCGUUUCUGUAAGAACGCUGAUCGGAUUCGAGUUCAGUAUGGCGAUGUGCUUGACUACAACGAAGAAACCAAAGCAAUUGUUGAGAAAAUUCGUGAAAGCAAUAUUGAUGAAGAGACUAGAAAUCAGAAAGUUGAUGAAGCCACGUGGAUGCUACUGAUGAGGGCAGUUGGAAGGUUCCAAAAAGAAAAAGGACGUUACCCAGGAACUAAUGGAGUUCCAGUUUCAAUUGAUGCUCAAGAUUUGAAGAAGAGAGUUGAAGUUUUGAUUCGAGAAGCUUUGAAGGAUGAACAGGACUUCACAUCAAUCUCAAAUAAAGUGACAGACACUGCUAUCGCUGAAAUUUGUCGUUUUGGUGCUGCGGAGUUACAUGUCAUUUCAUCGUACGUCGGUGGAAUAGCUGCUCAAGAGAUUAUCAAAUUGGCUACCAAUCAAUAUGUUCCCAUUGAUAACACAUUCAUUUUUGAUGGACAUACUCAGGAGUCGGCAACAUUCAAAUUUUAGUUUAAUUUAUUGGUUAUUUCGCGAAUUUGGUUUUGAAACUGUUCCUUGUGGCAUGACAUUUGUAAAUGAGCCUUAUUAUCAGCAAAGAUUUAAAAUUUACAAAAUAAAACUUUGAUUCAAGA